CCGACGCUGUUGUGGGGAUGUUUGCCCUGACGCGCCUGGGCACGGCUUUCGGCUCCACCGCUGGAUUCGUAACCUUCCUGGUUGUUAUCCUUGCAGCGAUCUUAAAGUAUCUCGACGAUCCCGAUCCAGUGCAGUUUAACAGGAUGGCAGAGGACAUGAAGACCUUGGAGGAAAACUUCAGACAACAGAACAGAAGCUGCUUUAUCCUUGGUGCUUCUGGGGAAACAGGGAGGUUGCUGCUUCAAGAAUUGCAGGAGCGGAACAUAUUCUCUAAGAUAACACUCAUCGGCAGACGCCAGCUCACCUUUGAGGGCAAAGAGCAUGAAAAUCUGGUUCAACAGGUCGUGGACUUUGAGAAGCUGGACGAAUAUGCGGCUGCCUUCCAGGGCCAUGAUGUUGGAUACUGUUGCCUAGGAACAACCAGGGCAAAAGCUGGAGCUGACGGGUUCGUUCGUGUGGAUCAUGACUAUGUCCUUAAAUCAGCCGAGCUCGCGAAAGCAGGAGGAUGCAAACAGUUUCACCUGGAGUCAUCCAGGGGGGCGGAUAAAAGCAGCAGUUUCCUCUACCUCAAAGUCAAGGGACAAGUGGAAGCAGAUAUCGAAGCCCUGGAUUUUGAUCGAUAUGCUAUAUACAGACCUGGGGUGUUGUUGGUGGACAGACAGGAAAGUCGACCCGGUGAAUGGCUCGCCAGGAAGUUCUUCUGUGCCUUUUCUGCUGUUUCCACAUCGAUGUCCAUCCCGAUCCAAGCAGUGGCCAAGGCCAUGGUGUCAAACACUCUGCUCCAGCCUGAGCAGAAGAUGGAGAUCCUGGAAAACAAAGCCAUCGCUGCCCUUGGGAAGAGUUCAGGGAAAUAAUUGGGAGUGGACGAGAAAUGCGUGAUGCUUUUUGGUGGAUAUAAAAUUCUUUUUUUUUUUUUUUUUAAUCAUUAAAACAAAAACAACCAAAACAUCUGACUUAAACUGACGCUUCAUGUAUUUUUCAGUGUGCUUGUACUUGAUGUUAUGAAUCUUUUAAACUCAAUAAACAUAUAUUUAUGA